AGCAACAUCACCACGAUCUCUCAUUCUCCACUCUCACCACCGCGACGAGCCACACCACCACCAUGCUCGCCCAAUCCCGUGUCAUCGCGCGCCGCGCACCAACUGCCGCUCUCCGCCGCAACUUUACAACCACCCGCCCACAGUUCGGCUCGCCAUACCACUACCCAGAGGGUCCACGAAGCAACAUCCCAUUCAACCCUCUGACCAGAUUCUUUGCCUUCCGGUACUGGGCAUUUAUGGCUACUGGAUUUGGACUGCCAUUCGGCAUUGCUGUCUGGCAAACGUACAAGAACCAAUAGACGAGCGAAACUGGGAAGGAAGAAGUGAGCUUCUGUGUAUUCAAGCGCAUCGAGGAGUGGCUGGAAAGCAGGCAGUUAGAAACAAUGGCAUUGUACAGAUACUUCUAGAGCCAUUUCAUAUGUCAAUGGAUGACGACCAAGCAGCAGUGCGCUUCCUCUUUGCUCCCA